UGUUCUCUAAUUUGUUUACAGAGAAAAAAAAGAAAAAAAUCCAUUUCAGUAGUAGAUGAAUGGCAACAUUAUGGAGGAGAAAAGUCCAUUUGCCCAGCAGCCUCUGAAAAUGGAAUAUAAAUGUGAAAUUGCAUACUCAGAAGAGGCGAACAAUGAUGAGGAAGUGAGGAAUCACAAACUACACAGGGGUCUCCAUGUCAUGAAUACAUGGGAUAAAAAAAGUGUGGCUAUUAAGGAAGAGGACUGUGAAUGGGAAUACCUGCACCUUCAGGAAGAGAGCCCUGUCAUUAAAAAGGAGGAUUGUGGAUGGGAGGCAGAAGGUGUUAAAGAAGAGUCUGUGUCAAAUCCUGAAAAUAAUGACCUGGCAAAAAAUGAAGAUGUAGACAGUAUCAAGGAAGAAUUCAUUAAAUCAGAGUCAGUCGCUCAGGAUGUGUGUCCAGAUGAGGAGGUUACUGCAGUAGGCAUCUCGCCAUGUGGAUUCCGCUCCAUGCAGAAUCAUUCUGUUGACGGGGACUCUGACUCUUUUAAUACUGACAUAAAUAAAACUGAAAACUCAUCAUGGUCAAGUUCUUCUGGGGAAGAUUUACACCUGAGUGGCUUUGUCUCUCCACCAUCAUUUAUUCAACCUUCUCUUCAGCAUAAACCACAGCAGGCACUGCAUGAUGGGAAAAAGAAGAUUCCAAACUCAGCAUCAGAGAUUUUAAUACCAAAUCCUUUACAGGGUAGUUGUCAACCUGUUGAAAAGCCAACAAGGACUAACACAACAAAUAUUCAUCAAGAGGUGCAAAGCUCACAUUCAGAAUCAUUAGAUGUCUGUGAAGAUUCGAGGAAAGCUUUACAAUGCAAUUCUGAAUACAAAGAAACAAACAGUUGUUUAAAAUGGAAAACACAUUGCUGUUCUGAAUGCGGUAAAAGAUUCACCACUAGUACAGACCUUCAGAAUCACUUAAGAACUCACAAAGAAGAGAAACCAUAUUGCUGUUCUGACUGUGGCAAGCGAUUCGCUUUCAACAGCAGUCUUAAAAUACACAAAAGAAUUCACACUGGAGAGAAACCAUAUUGCUGUUCUGACUGUGGAAAAGAAUUCUCUCACAGCCGCAGUCUUCAGUUACACACAAGAAUUCACACUGGAGAAAGACCAUUUUGCUGUGCAGAAUGUGGGAAACAAUUUUCACAAAGGGGCCAUCUUCAGACUCACAAAAGGAUUCACGCUGGGGAAAAGCCUUAUUGUUGUUCUGAAUGUGGAAAAGAAUUCUCAACCAGUAGCAAUUUUCAGACACACAAAAGAAUUCACACUGGAGAGAAGCCAUAUUGCUGUACCCAGUGUGUUAAGCGAUUCACUACUAGCACCGAUCUUCAGAAUCACUUAAGAAUUCACACUGGAGAGAAGCCAUACUGCUGCUCCGAAUGUGAUAAACGAUUCUUCUGCAGUAGUGCUCUACAGAAACACACAAGAAUUCACACUGGCGAAAAGCCAUAUUGCUGUGCUGUAUGUGGUAAACAAUUCUCUGAGAAACGCAGGCUUCGGGUGCACACAAGAAUUCAUGAUGGAGAGAAGCCAUAUUGCUGCUUCGAAUGUGGAAAACAAUUCUUCUGUAGUAGCCAACUUCAGAGGCAUACAAGAACUCAUACUGGAGAGAAACCACAUUGUUGCCUUGAAUGUGGCAAACGAUUCUCCACCAGUAGCCAUCUUCAGAGACACACGAGAAUUCAUACUGGAGAGAAACCAUAUUGCUGCUUUGAAUGUGGUAAAAGUUUCUACACCACUAGCCAUCUGCAGAGGCAUUCGGCAAUUCACACUGGAGAAAAACCAUAUUGCUGUCUUGAUUGUGGCAAACACUUCUCCACGAGUAGCCAUCUUCGAAGGCAUGCAAGAAUUCACAAUGAGGAAAAGAAAUCCACCCUCUUUUAAUAAAUCAUACAGGACUGAUAGCUAAAUGUAAAAAUAAUAAGAGGAAUAUUCCAGGGGGGAAUCUCUGUCACCCCUCUUAUUCUGGCUGGGAUUAAACCCACAAAGCACCCUCCUUGAUAACGUCUGUCAUGAAUUUAACAUGCUCAAAAUCACUCACCUCUUCUUUGUAGUUGACCUGAAAUGACACAGCUCCAGAAACCAACGCCUUGAAGAGCAGUUACACUUGAUAAAACAAUUAGUCAAAUGAUAUCCAAGUAACAACCAGGCUUGAUUAGUGUGAAAAUGCAAUAUUCAUUUUUGAUAAUUAACAUCCACAGAAAAUCUCAACCACAAUUAUGAUUGUGUCAUCAGAAAUUUGAACUGAGAAUCCAAGCAAUAAAGCAAAUAAUAAUUCCAUGGAAUCGUAGACUGGCCACAAAAUGAUCUCCAAUAAUUGGACCAUUAAACAGUAAAACACAGCACACACAUCAACUGAUACAUAAGAGUCAAUGCAUUGCAAGGCUUUACAUCCUGGGAUCUGCAAGAGGCAUCGGCCUGAUUGAAAUCGAUGCCAAAAAUAUUGGACUUCACGAUUACCUCAUGUACUCUAAAUACCAACAUGUAUAGGAAGUAUUCAACCAUUAAGCAAAAAGCCUAAAACAACCUUCAUUAUAAAGCUUAAUCAGCUAUUUGCUAAAUGCGAAGGCAUGACAGAAACAUUCCUACAUGUGUGAAACGUGUCCAGACAGUGGGAAAUAUGCAGCCCUCUUGCUCCAUCCUUUAUAGAUCAAGAACUUAUUCAUGGAUGGCUUAUAAGGGGUGAACUAAUUCCAAGAGAUGAACACCUAAUUAUGGCUGCACAGGAUAGAGGUCUGCACACAAUGUGGUUUAAGGCAUUAGGAGGACGAAGGAAAAACAGAGAAGUCUUUGUUUUGCCAGGCAGAUGUAGUAACAGUCACGCAUGUGGUUGAUGUUUAUGAGGUCUUGAUGCCUGAAGGUUUAUAUAUCCAAGGACACAAGAAAGCUACCAGAUUCACACACUGGAAUACAUGCAAAAAUACAAGCUCAAGAGAUACACUGGAGCCACAUGCCAGACCUCAUAAUAGGAAAUGAGGAGGUGUAAGUCAUUUGGAACACACCAAACACAAUGGACAGAAAACCGAGUUAUUAAACAAAAAAAAAUUAAAUAGCUGGACAAAGUGUGGAUAAUAGAUUUUUCAGUUCAAAGUGGCUAUUUCAUUAUGAGAGUGGAGUGAAGUGCAGUCAGAGGUAUGCAGCAAAUGGAACAAAACCCUUAAAAUUGUGUUAGCGGUGUUGGGAUCCACAAGAAUAAUGUAAAGAAAGGACCAUCUUAACAUCAUGCCAGUUAUGAUCAUCCACUACAGACCACAAAAGGGGGCAUCAAUUCAGCUCAAUUCAGUUUAUUUUAUUAUAGAGUUGUUCAUAUGGGUUUACUGCAAACAAUACAGCUAUUUGAAUGAGCCUUUGCCGAAAAUUUUUGAGAACAACUGUAAAGGUAAAGCAACAACAUGUUAUAACUGUUGAAUGAUAUUCACUCCCGUUUUGAGACUGACUGUGCCAAACCAUUUUGGAGAAGUUAAUAUUCAAGAGGAACUGUAUUUCUGUUUAGAUUGAUUCCUACAGAAUCACUAGCCACAAAGUCUUAAGAUACACAGGAGAAUUCACACUGGUUUAGAGAAAUUAACCCCAUUAGACAAGCCGGCCAUAUUGCUACCUUGAAUAUGACAAAAACAUUCUCAAUAAUGAGAAGUCUCAGAUCCACGCCAGAUUUCACGCUGGAGAAAAUCCAUAUCACUGUUCUGAGGGAGCCAAACAAUUCUCCGGGGGGAAGUCAUCUUCAGAAACAUAUCAGAAUUCACUUACAACGCAAUACCCAAAAGGAGUAAGCUAGAAGAAGGAAGAGGACAACAAGUAGAGUUGAAAGUGAUCAGGCCAGGUUGUGAACCCAAGACCCGAUAGGUUUUAGAAGCAGUACCAAUAAAUGUGCUGCCUUCUGUCAUGAGACUCAUUGGAUAGUAGUAUUGAGACGUCUUCUUCAGUUUAAAGUGAUGCAUUAGACCAGACACUAUUUUAAAGUUUCUUGUAUGUUUUUUUUUCUUUGCUGCCUUUGUGAAUAAAAUCUUGCAUGUAAUGUAUAUUCGGGCCUUCUUAGUUAUAUUUCAGGUUUUAAAAACUAAAGAAAACUGUUAGCUUUAAUUAUCUUCAGUCAAAUGAAGCUUUCAAGUCAGUUUAGAGCAGCAACACAAGUAAAAGAGAGGCAAAUCCACCUUAAUAAAAGUGUACAUCUGUCACAUUGAUAUGUCUCUGUCAUUCCAACUAAUGGCGCACCACAAAUAUUUAUUGUAAUAUAAGGCAUUGCAUUUGUCAUUCUAAUAGAUGGCACAUCUCAAACAUUAAGAAUGCUUUUACAAAUUCCUUACCAAGUAGCCUAUAACAGAGACA